AUGGCAGAACCUUCUGUCUCAGAAGAAUCUGAAAGUAUUUCUGUAAUGGUUGUUUCCGAAAAUACAGAAUCCGCAUUAGGUACCACCAAUUCAGGUAAAGAAUGUGCAUAUCCGAAGAAAAAAACUACUUGGUGCUCACCAAAAGUGUUGCUUUUGAUUUUUUGUUUGAUGAAUUUGUUGAAUUAUGUUGAUCGGGGAGUUAUUGCAAGUACUGGUGUUAACGGAACGCCUAAGGUAUGCAACGCAAGUGGUGAGUGUAUUGCUGGUAAGGGAAUUCAAGGAGCUUUCAACCUGACAAAUUUCCAGGAUGGUGCAUUGUCUACUGCGUUCAUGGUUGGACUUCUCGUAGCCUCACCAAUAUUUGCAUCCUUUGCAAAGAAUUACAACAAACCCUUUAGGUUAAUUGGAGUUGGAUUAUUGAUUUGGACCAUUGCUACAGCUUGCUGUGGCGUUACAUCUAAUUUUUGGAAUAUUGUUGUUUGUCGGAUGUUAGUUGGUGUUGGCGAGGCUUCGUUCAUGAGUCUGGCGGCUCCUUUUAUCGAUGACAAUGCUCCUGUCGCAAGGAAAACGUUCUGUCUUGGGCUCUUUUACAUGUGUAUACCAGUUGGAAUUGCAUUCGGGUAUGUUUAUGGUGGAUUUGUCGCUAGUCAUCUUAACUGGCGUUGUGCUUUCUUUGGAGAAGCAAUUCUAAUGCUCCCGUUCGUCUUUUUAUGCUUUUUCAUGGAGCCUUUGCAGUUAAAAGGUUUCGAAUCUGGCGAAGCAACGUUAACAACAUCUGUGCAAAUUGAACUGCACGAGGUUAAAAUUACAGAAGUUUCUGAGCAGGGGAAAGAUGUUGUCUACGUCUCAUCUGGAGGAGGGUUGUCCAAUAACAAGAUCUCAAGGAAAACAUGUCUGUCAAAGCGCACAAUCAAACGGAUUUCAAGAUUUUGCAAGGACAUGAUUUGGAAAGACAUAAAAGUCCUGUUGUUUGAAAAGGUGUAUGUCGUUAGCGUUCUGGGCUACGUAGCAUAUACCUUCGUAAUAGGGGCUUAUUCGUAUUGGGGGCCGAAGGCUGGUGCCGAUAUUUAUCAUAUGACUAAUCCUGAUAUGUUUUUUGGGGUGAUUACGGUUUUCUGUGGAACAUGUGGAACGCUGGCUGGCGCUUAUCUCUUUGAUCGCAUAAAUUGCUCAAUCAAGAACGGGUUUAAGCUUCUUACUGCAACAACAGCUCUUGGAGGCGCAUGCUGUUUUGGUGCCUUUUGUUUCAAAAGCAUGUAUGGUUUCUUAGCAUUUUUCGUAUUGGGCCAGUUGUUUCUCUUUGCUGCACAAGCACCAGUGACCUUUAUUUGUCUUCAUAGCGUCAAGCCUAGUUUAAGACCAAUCUCUCUGGCGAUCUCUACAGUAGCUAUCCAUAUCUUUGGUGACGUUCCUUCUUCACCACUUGUUGGACGUAUCCAAGAUCAAAUCCACAAUUGGAGGACGACUGCUCUUAUUCUCACGUCUAUCUUUGGUGUAGCAGCAGCUAUAUGGUUGAUUGGAAUCUUUCUAGACAGUGUUGACAGAUAUAAUGAGGAAGACAAUGCUAGUACAAACACGGAGCCAGUGGCUGCCGAAAACACAGUUGAAAAAUUUGACGAGCAUUCUGAGAUCUGAUCUUUCAAGAAAGACAGUCGCCAGAGAACCAUUUCCAGCUAAAUGUGCACCAUCAAUGCUCGGAAGAAGCCUUUCAGUUAAUGAAAAUGAAUUACAGGGACAUGCUGUUCAAGAUUGACGUGAAAUUGUAACUCACUUUUACGUACUCAAUUAGGAACAGGGACUACUCGAGAUGACCCGACAAGCCAGAGGGGUGGAAAGAAGUGACAGAAACAUAUUUGGCUUGCAAAUUACUGGAAGUAUUAUCUGAGGCGAUCGAUCUUGAUGAAGAAGCUCUUACUGAAGCUUGUGUUGAUA